GUGAGAUUGAAACCAAACAAGUUGAAGCUGUCUACGUUAUCUCAAUCUCACAAUAAAACAAAUUGAAGCACUGUCUAGACGUCAGUUGAUCUGUCGCAAGAUGUGGUGUUGAGAAAUGCUGCUUCUGACCUACAUAUGGAUCAAUACAGGCUGGCAGCUCGCGUAGAAGAGCUAUGGAAUGAAUGGGAGAUCCAAGUGUUGGUGCUGGUGAGCUUCUCCCUGCAAGUGUUCCUCCUCCUGUUCUCGGGUACCAGGAAGCGCACAACCUCAAAAUUCCUCCGCAUACUCCUAUGGCUGGCGUACCUGUCGGCCGACACCGUCGCCAUCUUCGUUCUUGGCCAUCUGACCCUCCACAUCAACGGCGGCCUGCGCCAUGGCUUGGUGCUCUUCUGGGCGCCGUUCAUGCUCCUCCACCUCGGCGGGCAGGAGACGAUGACGGCCUUCUCCAUGGAGGACAACACGCUGUGGAAGCGGCACCUCCUCGACCUGGGCGUCCAGGUGGGGUUGGCCGCCUAUGUGGUGGGCAAGCAAUGGCAGGGAGACAACGAGCACCUCCUGGCUCCCAUGGUGCUCAUGUUCAUCUCAGGGACCAUCAAGUACGCCGGUAGGAUAUCGGCACUCAUGUUUGUUGCUCAACUGACAAGCCGUGGAGAUAUAGUUCUCAUGAUCAACAAUAGGCCCCGGUCGUAUCAGCACAUUACAGAUUACAAACAUCUAGUUCUUGAAGCCAACAGAAGAAUGUUUCCAUCCAUGGUCUUCCUGUUAGAUAUAGAGUCAGGAGUGGCAUACAGGCAUAUUAUAUAUGAGUACUUAACAAGAAAUCUCCUAUCAAUAGUGGAGAUGGAACGUCGAGUCCAGGUCUGCUACAAACUAACCGAGCUCCAGCUCUCGAUGGUGUAUGACAACCUGUACACCAAGCUUGGAGUGCAUUUCGAGAGGGAGGAAUGGCUGAAUGGUUGGGUCCUCCAGCUUGUUACAUUCGGCUCCACCUUUACAGCCUUGUUUCUGUUUGCCUGGGCUGAUAUAAGAGGUAAUCUCUUCAACUACAACAGAGCUGAUAUUAUUGUGUCUUACAUUCUGCUGGGUGGAGGUGUCAUUCUAGAGGCACUCUCCAUUUGUAUUGUUAUCUCAUCAUUUCGGGCAAUGGAGGCAGUUGCAUAUGGGGGAAAAUUUCAUGACAUGAUCAUCAGCAUCGUCAGUCGUGCCCAUCCGGAGAGCAGAUCACAAUGGUCACAGAAGUUGGCACAGUACAGCCUCAUCACUGGGUGUAUGCAAGACAAGAAGCUGAAAGCUGUUGGGGGUGGUUUAUUGGAACGCAUGAUGCGUGCCACCGGCAUCAAACCCAGCAGUACUAACACGACGUCGCAUGCCGAUGUCUCUUAUGAGCUGAAGAAGCUCCUCCUUGACAAAUUGUUGCAGGUCGCAGACAGAAGAAACACAGAUGAUGAAUGGGACAGCAGCAAGCUCACCGGCCAAUGGGCAAGGUUGGAGCUCCAGAGCAAGAUGCAGCUAGAAACCAGUUCGAUUGCUCAUCUGCAGGAGCUGCUCGGCGACAGCCUUCAGCGUGCCGUCAGUUUAAUGUUCUCUGUCCUUACUUGGCAUGUAGCGACGGAGAUAUGCUUCUUCUCUGAUGAAGAUGAGAUCGGCUGCGACAGAUCAUCGUCGAGAGGCCCAAGUAGAUUAUUAUCUAAUUAUGUGAUGCACCUUUUUGCAACAUAUAGCAUGCACUCUGGUGGUCAUGCUGGACGCAUUAUGCUCCAAAGUGCCCAGAGAUUCAUCACUAAUGACUGCCUGUCACACCGUCAGCUCAAAGGACUGGAUCAAAGUGCUGUUGCCAGACUAAUAGUUGACGAACUGCAACUUAAAAGACCAGCGGUAUCACCAUUCCUAGAAGAAAAAUUGGUAGACGGUAAGGCUGCAUUACUCCUGGCUUUCCAACUUUCGGAGGAGCUGCUUAAGAUCGAAGAAGCAAAUGAUCGAUGGGAUAUCAUCAUGCUUGUAUGGAUGGAGAUGGUUUGCUACAUGGCAUUACAUUUCUCGGUUGGGUUCCACACUGAACAUCUAAGCCAGGGCGGAGAGUUCAUAACUCAUGUCAAGAUUCUGGUACAUAACCUGUGCCUUCUACCUUUAACAAAUCAAGAUUCUACAGUCGCAGGCCACUAAUUCUUGGCAUGCUUCUCGACCAUGAUAUGUAAUGCAAACUAUGUAACGUAAGAUCAUAGUCAUGAUCAAUAUUGUG